AUGACCCCACGGGAGCAGCUGAGGAAGAUGACAGCGCUGGGAGAGCAGGGAGCUUUAGAUGAGAAGCACUGGUACCGUCUGGUCAACGGAAUGUCGGCUGGAGAGCUGAGGCAGAGGCAGGAGUUGAUAAUGAGGAACCAGAUGGCCAUGGCUCCACAGAUCCUCGCCCAGGGGCAGCAGAGGUUACAGGGGGUCCCGGCACAGUUCGAACCUCGCUUCAUGGAGAGGGAGCUGGUUCCUCCGAGUGAGAUGGUAGCUUCUGAAGCCAGACAGAUGCACAUGGGGCCUCACCUGGGUCCACCUCUGCCCCCACAUGCCAAUGUCCUGCCUGGGAGGGCUUUCCCCGGAGCAGCUGGCUAUGGAUUCCUGCCCUCAGAACCGAUGGAGACUGUUGCCCGGCGACAGGAGCUCAUUCACAAGCAGAAUAUAGCCAGAAUGGAGAUGAAUGCUAUCCUGCAUCAGAAGGAGCUGGAAAAUGCCCACCAGAAGGGACUGAUGGGAAUCGAUAAUCCCAUGUCUUACCCCUCCAACCCCAUGGCCUUCAGAGGUCGUCAGCGCAUGCCAGAUGGCCACGACGUCUUUGUCCACCGCCCCACCCUGGACGAACUUCACUCCAACAGCAUCCUGAUGUCGGCCAGCCCUUACCCGCCGAUUAGCACGCUGCACAGGGAGCGGGGGCGCCGGGCUGGCAGAAGACCGACGGCUCACAAGAGCGCAGAGAGCCACGUGGUCACCCUGAAGGGCCAGGCUGAGGAUAAAAGUAUAGAGCAGAGCCCAGGAGCCACGUCAGGGGAGGAAAAAGAGGCAGAGGCCAAGGGUGACUUGGGAGAAGAGUGUGCCGCCAGCAAAACGCAUCAUCAGGCGAAAAUAGACUCUGAACUGGCCACAGGAAGCAGGAAGAACUACAAAGAGGGGGAGGCAGGCCUGCGUAAAGCCUGCGUGAACAGUCAAGACAGUUGCUCCGAUGUGGCCAACAGCAGCGCAAAUGACAAAGACAUAUCCAGCCAGUGUUCAGCUUUCCAGGAGAAAUUCAUGUAUCCCUCUGCAGGUGGCGCUCUCACAGGGAUGCCUUACAUGUUCCCAGUCCCUGGAAAUGGCUUCCUUCCACCUGCUCCGCCGAAUCUGUUUCUUAAUGGUGAUGAGGUGUCUGAGGACAUAAGAAAGUGGACAGUGAAUGAUGUUUACAACUUUAUCAACAGUAUACCCACAUGUUCAGAGUACGCUCAGACGUUCAAGGACCACAUGAUCGACGGGGAGACGCUGCCCCUCCUCUCAGAGGAGCAUCUACUGGACACACUGGGGCUCAAGCUGGGGCCGGCCCUUAAGAUCCGCUCACAGGUGUCCAAACGCCUGGGCAGCAUGCUGUACAUGAUGAACCUGCCGCUGUCCACUGCCGCCCUGCAGGCCACUCCCGAGAAGCCCGGCGACCGCUCCUCAGACAUCGGCUCCCCUGUUAACUGCAACAGCGAGGAGAUGGUGGCAAGUCCAAGAGACCCUGAUGUCCUCAAGUCCACAGAGCACCUUCACGAGACAGAAAACAAUUCCCCUCCAUCUGCCAGCAGUGAGACAGCCUGAUCGGUGCUGAUAACGUGGAUAGAUGUGAACCAGGCCCAGUCUGCACCCACAGCCCGCUCUACCUGAUGGACUGCUGCUAUCACAGCAGUGGUGUUGUUUACAUAGCCUAAUAAUUUACUGGAUUGAAGAUGCUUUUUUACUAUUUGCUACCUGGGCUUUUGAUACACAGGUCCAUGCUAAAUAUUUUAUUUUAAAUAUACUUGUACAUAUAUUUUUGACAACAACAGUGAAGCAGUGUGGAGUUUGAUUUAUGGGAUGCUAAGAGGAUCUUAUCUACUUUUCCUUCCUUCCUUCCUUCCUUUUCUUCUUUUUCAUUACAGGCCUUAGUCUCUAACUAUCUGAUUGUAGCUUUAAACUUAUUCUUUUCAGCUGCUAAUUGUCUUUUCUUCAGUAGGCCGACUUAAAAACCAUAGAAAUCUCAUGGGAAUGGUUUUAUAAUCAAAUAAUGAAAUAUCAAAGAGUUUUGGACUUGGAUGUUUGAUACCUUUUGUGUUUGUUGGAUUGUAAAUAAAGUGUUUUUCUACACAUUAACCUGCAGUGCUAUCUUCCUGUCAUGGUAACUAAUAAAUAAGAGAUGAUUAGGAAUUAAAAGGAAAAAAAUAAUAAUAAUAAUAAUUAACAUCUUUAUUUAUAGUGACACUUGAGAGCAAAAUCAAUGUUCUGAUGAAGACAAUUUUUCUUUACAGGAUUAGCCUUUUUAAAUAUACCAGAAUAAUUCAUACUCAUAAAAAGAAAUAUUAAAAGACUUCCAAUAUAAAAUAUGGCUGGGUUUGCAUAAUCCAAAAUAGGUUAAGGAUUCAAUUUGUGAUUUAAAUUUAAAACAGUGUUUUGUUCCACUUGUGUUCACUCUCACUUAGAUCUUGACUGCUUUGGAUCUUUGUUUUAGUGUUUAUUUUUCUAAUCAUAAAUUAUUUAAUGGUCUGUGAAGUGUAAGGAAUUGAAUGAAAACAGGAUGAUGCACUUUAAGAAGCCAAAAUCCCCCAAACAAUGAAUUUAGCUUAGUCUCAGACAAAGAAAAUAAAUAGAUAAACAAAUGUGCUGAGUUCUCACUGUAACCAUGGAUGUUUAAAUUUCUAUUUUUCCCAUGGGAACUUACAUGGCUUCAAAGAGAUAACUAGCUAACUGGGUUUCUUUCAUUUAAAAUUAAAUUUGAAUCAAUGAAAUUUUCCUGAUGCAUUUAAAGACAGUCAGAGCCCCAUUUAUCUCACAAUGAUGGAAUGAAACCAGCUUUUUCAAAAAUAAAUAUAAAUAAAUUAAAAGGAAUUUAACAUUAUAUGUUAACUCAAUUUAAACAUUAAAAUGUAAAACAUGUAACUUUGAAUUAUUAUAAUUC